AUGCAGUCUUCAUAUGAUAAAUCGUGGAAAUAUUCCCUGUUUAUGAAAAAUCCUAAGGAACGCGCGGGAAUUUUGUCUCGUCUCUUCUUCUCCUGGAUGAACAACUUAAUGAACAUCGGCAACAAACGGGUUUUAGAACACAGCGACCUUUACCCACUUCUAGAUGAGGACAGAUGCAAAGGUCUAACGGAAAAGCUGGAACAAACAUGGCACGAGGAAAUACGAAACUCGCACAUCAAGGGACGAAAGGCACGACUUUCCAGAGCAAUGAUGAAGGUUUUACCGUGGAGCGACUUCGCCUUAGCAGGUCUCUCUCUUUUCAUCGCCGUGGCCUGUAAUAUUCUACAGCCUCUGUUACUUGGCCUUCUGUUAUCUUCAAUGCUGCAUGGUGGGAAUGUGCAAUACGACCGCUGGCUGUGUUUGUUUGCUGGUGGACUCUGUUGCAGUGCUUUGUUUCACAUACUGGCCAUGAAUCAGUAUCAGAGCAAGGUGGACUACAUGGGCAUGCGCUGGAGGGCAGCUGCCAUUGGUGUCAUUUACAAGAAGGUACAAACGAUUUUAAAAGGGCAAGAUACUUAACUUAAGAAAAUUAGGUGUAGACCACGAAGAGAAUUCCGUCGUAAAUCAGAAACCUGCCGCCAGAUCAACCUAUUCCUAAACUGUCUCUACUGUCGUGGAACCUAGCCACCAGGUUCUCCCUUACCUAAAAAGAGAAAUCCCUGAGAACGAGUUUGACUGUUAAGAUGAAAUGUGUUUGUCCAACAUUAUUAAAAGCAUUUUUAUAAAGAAUUGAAACUCGCGAAAAGGCCUAGUCAUUAAUCAACAGAUAGAUUGCAUGUUGCUAUACAUCUCAGCGUCUGUUGAGUCAAAAAUCUCAGAUGACGUUGAAAUCUGUUAAGAGCAAAAAAGUGGCUUUUGAAGCGACGCUUCCUUGAUGAAUAUGCUAAAAUGAUAAUUUAGCACUGGUUCAGUCAAUAUCGCGGACGAGAUAUGCAUAAGAUAUGCAUAUAUGAUGAAAAAAGUGGUCUUUUGAUUUUUUCGUAUCGUUUACAAGUGGAAUUACUGAAAUGAUCUUUUUAGAUGUGUUAAAAAUAUUUAUACACAGAGUAACGUUUGAAUUACGUGUAUUUCGUGUCUUCCAUGAAUAACUCAAUUUGACUGUUUCUUCGAGCUUUAAUUCCAGCGCUCUGAAUCGUGGCAAAAAGGAUGAAAUAACAACUUAUAUGAGAAAUGAAUAUCUCAACUUUUCUUGCAUUCUUCUUUCAAUAUUUAUUUUUUCAAGAUUUUCAAGUUACGGCUCAAAGAUCUCACGCGGGUCCAACCUGGUCACAUCAUCGCUUUGAUUACCCAUGAUGCUCAGCGCCUGGAUCAAAUCUUUCAGAAAGUGGGAUACACUCUGCAGGGGCUCGUAGAACUUGUCACCGUGACGGCCCUGAUCUGGCGCCUUGUUGGUUUCCAAGCUGUAUCCGGUACCAUUUUCUUAAUCUUCCUUCUGGCCUAUUACAUCGGUAUGUGGGACGUAUGUAUGAAAUUACGCCUGCGCAUUGCACGCUGGACGGAGCGGAGAAUGGGAGUUAUGAAACACAUCGUUAAUGGAAUCCGCGCAAUCAAGAUGAACACGUGGGAAUGGCCUUACAAGAGGAAAGUGGAAGAGAUACGAAGGUAUGAGAGAUCCCGUAUGACGCGAUGAGAACAUUUGAGUAAGUGAACAGAGAUGCAGAAAAAAUGUAGAGAAAUUUAUAAACAGGUGAUAACUCUUACAGCAAGAGUCGUCUUUGGUUCUAGACGUUGGGAGUUAAGAUCAGCAGAGUUAUUGUUUUGUGUUCUUAGGAAGAACCUUCGCUCUUCACCCAGGAAUUUUAAUGAAUAUUGGUGAACUACCAGGGGAACAAGAGAAAAUGGUGGGGGGGAGACCUUGGUGGCGGGGAGGGCAGAACAGUAACCCGAGAUGGAUGGGUGUCCCAUUCAGGGGGAGUUGCAAUUCUCAUAGUCGCAUAAUAUAACAGAAACCGCAAUAAGCCACGGUAGGGGCACCACAUUUCUCUAUUGAGACAUAACCCUUUUACCAUACGAUAGUCAUUGAGAUUUGAAAGUCUACAAAAGAAAGUUAUGCUUUAUAUAAUAAUCGUGCUCCAUAGUUCAGUGGAGUUUCCCUGCCUUCAAGGGAAUCUAUUUAACAAAAACUAUUCCAGAUACCAAGUAUACGAAAUUUGCAUCAGUGGGAACUGUCAAGAUACUUUCGGAAUGUGACAUUUUGGCUACCUCAGCAUAAAGGAUUCUUUUGCCUCGCUACUUAGACAUGUUUAAACAGACAGGCACAACUAAUUCUCAAUUAGCAUUCUGAGUUAGUUAGUUUCAGUUGCUGAUAAAUGUAGUCGCCCUCGAAAAUAUUCAUCUACUGAAUAAAUCUUGAUCUUCAACAGGAAGGAACUACAGUAUGUCCGCCAAAAGAGUGCCAUCUUAUCAACGUUUGAGACUUUUCUUCACACAAGCUCCAUUGUGGCGUGUUUCAUAUCUCUAACAGUUCUCAUCAUCACAGGAGUGGAGUUGUCUACUUACAGUAUCUUCAUGGUCCUCGCACUGAUAAGGACAAUCCGUCUGUCUGCCUCAUCCAAGUUUGCCGCCGGUGUCAAUUUCAUCGGUGCCGUGACGGGAUCCUUAGGGAGAAUUCAAACAUUUCUGGAGCUCGAGGAAUCUGUGUACUCGGAAGACACGUACAGCAGGAAGAGAACCCGCUCGAAAAUCCGCUCCUUCUUAGAUUUGACUGACGCCGAGAUGUCUAAGUACCUGUCUGCGGAAGACGUGACAAAGAUCUCCAAUGACAUAAGAUCUGGAAAGAGCGUCCCACAGUAUGAGCCUGUACUGAUCAAGCAAAGAUCUCUCGAUGCACCCGACAAUCCUUCGAAUGAUAUUCAUGUGACCUUUGAAAACGUGUCUUGUCAUUGGGGAGGCGGAAAUAAGUCUGUCGUGCUGAGGAACAUUACUUUCAGGGCGGCUAGCAAGGAACUGACUUUAAUCAACGGUCCUGCAGGGUGCGGAAAAUCCUCCCUCCUUGCAGCUAUCCUUGGGGAACUUCCUCCAACUGAGGGAUACAUCUCCUGCGUGGGAAAGAUUGCGUAUGUGCCUCAGAUACCUUGGAUUUUCUCCAACACCCUUCGUGAAAACAUUUUGUUUGGUAAGCCGUACAAUCCAUUUAGGUAUCAGGCCAUAGUUAAUGCGUGCAACUUACAGAAGGACAUUGACAAGCUUUCGGAUGGCGACCUGACUUUCGUGGGGAACAAUGGCCUCAGUUUGACAGAAGAUCAGAAAGCUCGCAUGGGAAUUGCAAGGGCAGCAUAUUCAGACGCCGAUAUUUAUCUGUUGGACGACCCCUUUGCACCUGUCGAUGCAAGAGUCGCUGAGCAGGUUUUUGGUAAAUGCGUGUGCGGGCUGCUUUCAAAAAGAAUACGAAUUCUAGCGAGCCGCCAAUUACAAUACGUUGAGCGAGCGGAUCAAAUUUUGACCAUGCGCGCUGGGACAAUUGUAAACGAAGUUACGUCACAGGUGAUGGGAUACCGGUCCGUGAAGCUCCACUCGCCCGGAGAAUCCCGUGAGAGGGAGAGAAAGUGUCCGAGUAACAAGACGGUGGAAUUUGCUAUCGAAGAGGAAAUUCAAGAAAAGUAUCGCACACGUUCGAACCUGUUUGAAGAAGAAGAAAUGAUGGGGCCUGUGUCAUGCACAAUUCUGUGGAAUUAUCUCAGAACCGGCGCCUGUCUACCAUUCAUCGUUGUAUUUGCACUGUUUACCUUUGUCGUUCAAGGUAAGAAAUACAAGAGAAAUAAAGUCUUACCGCAAAUACAGGGAUAAUUCAGGAACAAGGUUCUAGACCAGCAGUAGAGUAAGUGUGAGGAUCGUCCAUGACAAGCAUCUUCCUGAAAUUUUAGGGGUAUUCUGUAAUAUUUCGCUAUAGUUAAUAAACACUUUCUUACUAAUGAAGAGCGAAACACGUGCAUCCUAAGAACUCCUGAUUUUUCCAUGGGGGUGCACGAUUGUUAGCAUAACGAAAACUGAUUCGAACCAAUUUUUCAACAAACUUAUAUCAGCAUGCUUAGCAAGAUCGGCAUCGCUCUGCUGCUUUCAUUUAGCUUUACCUUUACCUAUUUAAUGAAUGCGACUAAAAAAAGUUUGGGGAUAGUUAAAAUUCUCUUCGUUCUACAGGAGCCAUUCUCAUCCCGGACAUGUGGCUAUUGCGCAUGAGUGAGUCUGCUACUCUGUUGAACCUCGAUCAGACCACUUGGUAUAUUUAUGCCGCUAUGGUGGGCGGAGUAUUCAUGCUGUCAAUCAUGCGUGCUUCGUUUUUCUUCGCUACCACCUUACGUUCAUCCGAACGCCUUCACCAGAAUAUGGUUGUUUCUAUUCUUCGUGCACCAGUCUUAUUUUUUGACACGAAUUCAGCCAUUAGCAUUUUGAACCGCUUCUCAAAAGAUAUCGGGUGCAUGGACGAACUUUUACCAAGUGUAUUUCUGCGCGCCAUUCAGAUAACCCUAUUCGCCAUCUCAGCCUUUCUCCUCCCAGUGGUUCUCAAUCCGAGCGUACUUUUAGGUGGAAUACCGCUGUUCGUUUUGUUUCUCUUAUUAUGGGCUUACUCUCUCAAAACCGCGCGCCAAGUUAGAAGACUGGAGAUCAGCUCUCGAAAGCCAGUGGUAUCUCAUUUCUCGGAGACAUUGAUGGGACUGGUGACGAUCAGGACUCACAGUAUGCAGAAGUCCUUCACAGAGGAUUUCUAUGGGUUCGUGUAAAUUUUUUCAAUUAAAUUUUGCAUAACAUGAUUUAGUAUUAUCUGACGUUAUCUUAAACGCUGCCUCAUCAUCAACUACACCGACACUAAAUGACUUAGUAUCUUAAACCAACACCUAAUGGUGUCUGUAUAUAAUUAACUUGAAUAAUUCCGGCUAUUACUACUUUAAAAACAGUACUUUAAUGCUGACAGUCGAAUGUCUCUGCAUUGGUACUCUUCUAAAGGUGUAUUUUUAAUGAAUCAAAGACAAAGGAAAGCUAAUGAGUUAUGCUACUCUUUCCUGUGUGUCUUGGGAAACUUUUUACGUUCGGAAUUUAAACAUAUGAAAGCCUUGUCUCUCUCUUUUUCCAAGGACCAUGACACAAUAAUAAUUCUAUUAUGUGAUAAUUAUUCAUAUCAUAAUAAAACUCGCGGUUUGAUUUCUGUUAGUUACCAAGAUUCACACAGUCAAGGAUGGUGCAUGACUACCUCAUGUUGGAGCUGGAUCGGGUUCCGCCUCGACUCAGUGUGCGUACUCUUCAUUGUUUCAGUGGUUGCUGGAGCGUUUUAUGUGAAGCUGGAUGCAGGUAUUUUUGAAUGAAAGUAACUGCCGCUUUUUUCAUACAGUAAAUUGUUUUUAGAAUGUUUUACUGAAAGCUAUAGAAACAAAAUGAACUGGUCAGGAAGCCGGUACCUGCUUCUCUGUACCUUAAAUUUCGAUUUUAAAAUAUAGCUUUGGGCCCUUCAAUUUACCUGGACUUUUGAAAUUUGACAAUCGGGCCCCUGGUCUCAGAUUAUUUAAAGAUAAUAUGUAAUAUAUCUAUUUGGCAUCGCCUGAAAUCGAUUGUAUCGACUGGUUACCUCGGGAAACAGUACGAGUACUUUGUGAGGGUGACUUGGUAAACAUUUAAGAGAUUUUGUUACUAAAAGUCUAAUCCUAGCUUUAAACUGUUUCAGCCAGCACCAUUCUGUCACUGAUCUACACCCUUCAGUUGUUGAAUGAUGUGUCGCAAAAUGGCGUCAAACGUUCCUUUGAAGUUGAAAAUUAUAUGAGUGCUGUUUAUCGCAACUUGGCCUGCGCAGAGAUUGUAUCAGAACCUGGAUACGCCAUGGAGAUCCAGCCUCCAGUGCCAUGGCCAAAAGACGGCGCAGUUUCCUUCGAAAACAUCUCCUUGAGCUACAGUAGAGAAGGGUCCAGGGUAUUAAAAGAAAUCUCCUUUGAUGUGUACCCUGGGGAGAGGUUUGGCAUCACAGGACGUCCCGGAGCUGGAAAGUCGUCUAUCAUAAAUGCACUGUUUCGAUUGGUCCCGGACUGUGCAGGUAAGAUAAUGAUUGACGAUGUCACUAUUAACAACCUUGACCUUCAAAGGAGUAGGCGUGGCAUUUCAAUUAUUACCAAGGAGCCAAUCCUCUUCAUGGGCACACUACGCAUGAACGUGGAUCCAUUCCUUAGCCAUACCGAGAGGGAGAUCUGGGAAGUCCUUGAGAAAUGUCAUUUGAAGUCCUGGGUCGAGAGCCUUCCCAAACAGUUGCAACAGGACCUCGCUGAUUGUGGAGCUACCCUGGGUCCAAGUGAGCGCCAACUCAUCUCCUUUGCACGUGCGCUUCUUCAGAAAAACAAAGUCAUUGUAAUAGACGAGGCGUCGUCCACUGUGGAUUACAGAACGGAUCGCCUCAUUCAAGAAAUUAUCCGAAACUGCCUCCUUGACAGCACUGUCAUUACCAUUCCUCAUCGUCUGAGCACGAUUAUUGAUUACAAUCGCGUGAUGGUGCUUGACCGCGGAAAAAUCGUGGAGCUGGACAAACCGGAAGUGUUAUUGAAGAAGGAUGCAGGUUACUUCGCGCAUUUGUAUGGAAAUCAAUAUCCAUCGUAAUCUCUUGUGCGCAGACCUCCUGCGUGUGCCCACACAAGUUGGACCUUGGUGCGAGAUCUAGUGAGUUUUAUCUCAUUCUACAAUAGGGAGUAUAUAGAGUUAUAAGAUAGCUAAGGGAAACUAUAGUGAGUGCGAAGAUUUCAAUCUUCUUUGAUAGCCAAAUUUACUUAAAUAAGAACAAAUUCUGUUUUUGACAAUUAAGAUUACUCGUGUAGUCAGUCGUAGUACAUAAGGGUAUUUUUCUCCUGAUCUAAAAAAUGUUUUUUAUUAUUUUUGUGACACUAUAAUAACCUUGAUCUUUGAAGGUUGAUUUUAGGCUAAAAUGCCACUGGUUAAAAAAUUAUAACGUCAAAGGUACCUUGUUAUUUUCGUCAAUGACAGAUUAAUCUAAAUAUUGAAGUUCAUUCGAUCUACGCCAAUACAUCAAAAUGUCAUUGAACUGGAGAGCAGAGUUUUGUAAUUUCGUUAUAUGAUAAUUAGAUCAUGAUCAAGCUAAGAACUGAAUAAACUGUUGUCACAAGUGAUUUUCCUCGUUAAACGUCCGUAUUAUUGGUUUCCCUUACG